CUCGCUCUCGCUCUCUGGCGGGCUCCCGCCAUGAGGAACCUGCCGCUGGCCGGCGACGAGGAGCGCUGGGGGCGCCUCUGCCUCAAGGAGCUCGGCGGCAUCCAGAAGCUCCACAGGAAGAGGAGCAAAGAGCCCGCCAAGCAGCGCCUCAGCGGCGGCGGCGGCAACCGGGGCUCCCGCGCGGCCUCGGCGGGCGCUCCGGACGGGGCCCCCGAAGGCGGCGACGAGGCGAGCGCUGAGGCGAGGAAAGGCGCCUUCCCCGCGGGGCUCCUGGCGCCCCACCCGCGCCCGUCGAGGAAAGACGUCGAGGCUCUGGGUCCGCUCCGUCUGGGGGGCGGCCAGGCUUUCGCCGACCCCAGCCUGCCGCCCCGGGUUAUGGCGUGUCGUCCGCUCGAGAGCCCCUUCCCGCCCGUUUCGCGCGUCCCCACUUACGGCGGUGGCGGUGGAGGCGAGCCGUCCCUGUCGCCCGUGCGGCGGGCGGGCGAGGCGGCGGCGGCGGGAGCGUCCCCGGAGAUCCGCGCCAUCCAGCAGACGAGGCGGCUGCUGGCCAACGCCCGGGAGAGGACCCGCGUGCACACCAUCAGCGCCGCCUUCGAGGCUCUGAGGAAACAGGUUCCCUGCUAUUCCUAUGGACAGAAGCUAUCCAAACUGGCCAUCCUGAGGAUAGCAUGUAACUAUAUACUCUCCUUGGCUAGACUAGCCAACCUGGAUUACAGUGCCGACCACAGUAACAUGAGCUUCUCGGAAUGUGUGGAGCAGUGCACUAGGACCUUGCAAGCGGAAGGGAGGUCUAAAAAAAGGAAGGAGUAACAACUGAACAGGGUGAAUCCAGUGACAGUCCCAUCUCAUGUUGUCAUAGUACACACUGUCCAACUGAAAACACCACCUUUCCUUAAGAUGAAGACUGCCAACAGGAACUCUCUGGAUGUGAGAAACCCAUCCAAGAAGUUGCAGAUGCUUUCUUCUUACGUCGUUCUCUUCUUAAGCCAACCACAGUCUAGUAUGUGCAAUGUAUUGAGCACUUUCCCCCUUUGCUUCCAUAGGAAUUAUUACCCCCAGCAAUAUAGUGUACUGCAAUUUCACUGUAAAUGCCAAAGAUCUGGUGGAGAUUAUACACUUGUCACCCAAUCUAAUGAAUAUGAUCCACUAGCAAAAGCAAUCUUCUGCAUGUAUCAGGAGCCAUCAGCAUGAAUCAGAUUUGCUGUGGGAGUUUUUGAUUACUUUCAAUGGAAUGCACAUUGAAAUGUUUCUUCCGUCUGCGUUUGGAAGUGAAUGGAGAUGUAAAUCCCAGUGGAAGCGAUGAAAUGCAGACAAAUGGGUGCAUUCGGAUGUACAUCUGAUGUAUGCUUGUGAUUCCUGGUGUGUGUGGACACUUGCUUUGGGCUGUGACAUCAGGGUCUUGUUUUUUACUUAUAUGACACCGUCCUGGAGUAGAAAAACUCCCAACAUUCCCUUAUAUAAUGUCAUUAUCACUCCCAGAUCAUACUUCAUAAAUCUUUCUUUGAUUACUUUUUUAAUCAUCCAUUUGCAUGGAUCUUUCUGAAGCAGUGAAAUUAGGAUUUGAAGGAGGAAGCAGCUAAGACAUACCAACAUUUGUUCCAAAAUUACUGAUUUUUCUUACUUUCAGCAGGAAAGUUCUGUUUCUUUGAUAGAUUUUUCACACAAACACAGGGAGUAAAAUAGUGACAAAAAAGAGAACUGCUAACUACAGGAAACAUAUUUUCAUAUUUUAAACAUGUAAUUUAACCCUAUGUAUUAACCUUUAUACCAAAAAAAAAGAAAACAAAGGAUAAAGAGCAAGAAUGUAAAGUAGCAGAACUAUUCCAAAACUGUUUGUCAAGUCAUAUUUUGGAAUUUAGCAAUGUUUAAAAACACAUGUAAUGCAAAGGCAUUUGAAUUCUAUAUUGUAUCUUUCACUUCAAAUUGAAGUAAAAAAAGGUAUAGAAAAAACUCAUUUGGAGUAAGCAGGCAUUAUAAAUAGUUCAUGUCAUACAUAAGGCGUCUGCUAAAAAUGAAGAAUAUAAUUCAGUCUCACAGUCAAAUAAUACAGUAUGGCCUUUUGAAGUCAAAUGAAAUGGUUGUACAAAGUAGUUAUAUUUGGGUUUCUGUUAUUUCAGUAUAAAUUGGGUAUUGAUUUACAAAACGCAA